AUGAACAAGGCGGCCAUCUACGCCAAGUACAACAUCUCCGAGGACUAUCCGGAGACGUUUACGGAGAGCGAAAACUUUGAUCUGUCGGUGCUGCCCGAGGCCGAUCCUGCUCAAGAGACGAAAUCAGGAGCAGCAUCAGCGUCCGUCAACACCUCUCGAUAUGUGCUGCUGAACCAGCUCGUUGGCGGCAACAAACACAGCAGACACGCCAUCACCGACGACGAAGCCGAUCCACUGGGAUUUUCGGCCUCGGUCAUGACUCAAUUACGUAAAAAGGGCGUCGAUUGCAGCGAGUCUCCGGCCAUUGCUAACCAGUACUUUAUCUCGUCACGAGACUUCAAUCCCCGAGUGUUUCUGCGAGACGUGCAUGCGGACGCCUCUUUCGACACCCUUGCUCAAUCGUUGGACCACCUGGAGGCUUCAAUUACCGAGCAAAGCUCCGCCCUGCAAACCCUCGUGGACCGCAACUUUGACAAGUUCGUCAAGAGUAAGAGCUACCUGGACUCGGUAUUCAAGCAAUUCAAGUCGUCCGGGUUCACCCAGGAAAACGAGUGGGGCAUGGGAGAGCUGACACAGUCGCUAGAUGAAGGAAACAGCAAAGCUGCGAUCCUGAUGAAUCCCGUCUUCAACACACGACUCAAGGAAGAACGGCUACAGGCUGCUCUGGAGAUGGUGACGGCCAACAGAUAUCUCUUCGAGCUACCCUCGACAAUCAGAGCACACAUCAAGGCUGGAGACCAUGAGAAUCUCAUGCGAGACUACAAACGAGGCAAGGAGACCAAGAACGAACGUAUGGCACAGGCAGAGCAACUGGGAGACAUGACUACCGUCCACAUGACCGAUAGAAUGUGGAACGACGUGGAGGAUAUCAUCGAGGAAUACGAAAAGUCAUGCUGGACGAAACUGGAAGCUGCUCCUGCUGGAUCUCAUCUCCCCAGUAUCAGUAGGCUGCUAGAGCUUCAGGUUACCACAAACCCUGUCGUGUACUGGGUCAAGCAUCGAGCUGCUGUGAUUCAACAGGAGAUCAAUUCUACCUGCGAGAAGCUCAUGCUCAGUAUCACUAUUGCUCGAACCGAGAUUCUGGCUCUUCCAGAGAAUAACACCGUGUGGGUGGAGAACAUUAUUGAGGAGGUUCGAGGCCAACCCUGUGCUCCUCCAAGCACAAAGAUGUGGAUCACCGUGAAGAAGUUUGUGGUGGACAUCAAUGCUCUUUGUGCUCGAAUUGAGGCUCUGUGGAAGGGAACUCGUGACUUUAUUGACGGUAUUGCCCAACAACAGCUGCCUCCCAGUGAACACCUAAAGUUUUCUGAAGUCGAUGCGCGAACUCUCUAUGCCAGCAUUGGCGGUCUGAUCGACCUUGCUGCUCAGCAGAUUGGUGAGUUCUUCACCCAGAAGCCCAAGGUCAUGAACCACUCCAAACUAGACGCAGCCGACGUGGAAGGUGGACCCGAGAGCUUUCAAGAGACUUGGAAACGGUUUGGAUUCCUGCCUCCUCAUUCUAACGCUCUUACCACCUGUAAAUACCUUCCUCAGCUUGUUCUGGACCUCGCUGUAUCUUGUGGGAACAUUGUCAACACCCGAAUCCCUGGCCAGAACGUUGAAACCCUGCGUCACGUGCUGGACUUGGCCCGAACCCGAUCUGUUGAAGCUCUUUGUGCCGUCUGGAAGGACGAUACUUCCAAGUUUGAGCUGUUGGAAAAUUGGAAGCCGUCCCGAAAGCAGGGUAAGGGUCACGUGACCCAUGUCCCCCAAACGGUGUUUGAGUACCAGAAGCUUGUGCUUAGUGGUCUCAAGAAGGUACUUUUCCUCAACACAAACGACCAGGGCCAACGAGAUGUCCAAGUGGUUCUUCCUCCUGCUCCCAAGCUUCUACAGGCUCUCCAGACAUACUUCCUCUCUACCAAUCUUAUGAUUGUGGACUCCAUCAUCAAGCUGGUUUCUGGAGAAGAGAACUCCAAGCCAGAUGCGCAGUUGCAACAGCUUGCCACUCGACUCAAGGGUGAGAUGGACGCUACUGACUACAUUUCCGUGCAGACUUCUCCCCUGCCUGCUGACACCAAGAUUCUGUGGGUUGUCAGUAACCUGGGAGAACUAAAGACCAACGUCAUUCCUCCCCUGGUCAAACAGUUCCAGAAACAGUUUAACACACAGGUCAAAUUUGACUACGACGCGCUUACCCAGAGUGAACAGAAGCUCUUCAGUACCUACACAGCCCCCAAGAAGGCCGCUCUGACCGCCGUGAUCAAGGAGGGUAUUCAGGGCAACAAGGAGCGAUGGCCCAGCAACGCCAAUCCCACCGAUAUCUCAAACUACAUUUACGAGUCUCUGCUUUUGCUGGUGGUUGUGCAUGCUCAGCUCAUGUCUAUUUCUCCACAGUUGGUCUCUCCUGUUACUCAUGCUCUUCAGCAGCAUGCACUGGAGUCUCUCCUUGAGGCUAUUCGAGAAGUGGAGCUGUUUGGACCAGGAGGCAUGUACCAAGCCGUUGCCGACAUUGAGUUCUUCCGAACCAUCAUGGCCUCCUACAACACCAACAAUGUACAAAACGUGGUGCAACUUAUUUAUCAGGCCAUUCAGCAGAGUUCUGGUGACCAGAGCGCCUGGACUGGUAGACAUGGACCUUGGGAGAAGGUGCAGAAGCUGGUGGGCGAGUGCGCCACAAGAACUUUUGUUUGUUUCAGUUGUUUCCGAAGCUAG